CGAAGGCGGAAUUUGAGGCUGUAGCACAAGGCCAUAGGUUCUGUAGAGCCUACAUCCUGCUCGGAGGUAGAUUAGUUAUCCUAUGUUAGUAAUAACCGCGUCCGGCUUCCGAAGUUGCAGCUUCCUUGCUUCCAGUCGACGUGGGUGAUCCUCUUAGCUCGGUUCGAUCAUGGAAAUAAGAUCGUAGGGCCGUUGCGCAACUUGUUAGACCCAUGCGUGGAGACUACGCACCUCCGUGUCCUCAUCUCACGAUACGAACCUGGAUGAAGCGAUAUCAUCCGUUAGUGGGUGUGACUAAAUCGAGCGAUUUGUAAAACAGGGUGGUGGUUUACUAGUAGGUCACCUGCGAGUGAAAGACAGACAGCAGCCUAGCUCUGUAUUUAGGCCAUUAGCCCAGCAACCCAUUAGCCCAGCAACCCAUUAGCCCAGCAACCCAUCAGCUCGCUGAGUCAGGCACUCUAUCCCGUUGCUUAUCUCCGCAACCCACCCUCGAUCCCUGCGACUUCUGUAUUUAGCCCUUUAACUUGUCACAGUAUAGAAGGAAGACAUCAUGUCAGCUAGAAAUAGCCCAAUUGUUGCUCCAGUAAUCCCGCGACACGUGUCCCUUGAGAAUCCAGGAUCGCACCGCCUCUCUUCCGAGAUCCCGGGGCCUUCAUCCAUCCGUUAUUCUAACGAUCUCGACGACGCGGAUUCCGUCUUCUCCCUCGCUCUCGAAUCCGACGUUCCGUCCGGCCCGCCUUCCCCGAAGCUUCCCCAUGUCUCCCUCCCUCGUCCUUCCUUUUCGCCGUCCCUUCUCGCCGCCCCCCACCUCGCCGCACCUUCCAAUUUCGCAACUGCCGAUCCUUUCGCAUCGACGGAGCUAGCAACCGCGGAUUUCGCGUCGGCGAAUUUGGCGAACGCUCAUCAUUUCGCGACGACCAAUGUUACACCCGCUGACACCGGUUCGCCCGUCUCCUCCUCCUUCACCUCAGUCGACCUCGCAUCCGCGCGAACUUCCUCCAUAAGCACAUGCGGACAGUUACAGCAGCAGCUUAUAGCGGGGCCUAGGUCCGAUGACGUGGCGCAGCGGAUUUUGCCGCGGGAUGCGGACGCGGACGCGAGCGCCGACGCGGUAGCUACGGCGGCAGUGGCGGGGAUUCCGCCGGGCGGCGCGCUAGCAGCGCACGUGGAGCAGUUUUUGGCGCGAGCGGGGGAGGUGGAUCAGGAGCUACGCGAUGUGAAAGUGACUAUAGCGAGACUGCUAGGGUUUGUGGACGAUUACCGGCAAUUAUCGAGCAGAGACGCCGUCGAGAAGCUGUCCGAGCGGAUGACGUCAGAGCUGGAUCGACUGCAAGGCACGGUCACGGGCAGCCUGAAAGAACGCAUCGGCUUGCUUAUGGACGGAUCAGACAGCAGGGAGCAGCCCUCAAGAAAGGACCAACACUUGGGCCGAAUGCACGGCGCUGGAAGGUUGAAGGACGGUGGCGUAGCGGGGGGAGGAGGAGGAGGGGGGGGGGAAGCAGGGGUGGCAGGGGAAAGAGGAGGAGGAGAGAGGGGAGGAGGAGGAGGGAAAUUUGGAGGGAUUGGGGGGUGGCUAGGGACCGGAGUAGGCAGCAUCGCUGCGAUCGGCAUCAGCAGCAGCAGCAGCGGCAGCGGCAGUAGCAGCAGGGGGGGAGCGGGCACGGCUAUGGGGCACAUCCGGGCGUCGGUGGCUGCAGCGCUGGUGGAGAAGCUAUGGCGGCGGCACAGGGAGGCUGGGGAGGUGGCGCUGAGGCUGAACAUGGGCGUCAGAGACACUGCUAGAAGAAGAUACACAGACGUGACAGGGCGUCCCCCCCUCCAACGACCUGAUAGAGCAGCUCUGCUCGCCAGCCACGCCCGAGUGCCUGCUCUCCCGCCUCCUCUGCUCCUCCCUCUCCUCCCUCCCCUCCCUCCGCCCAGCCCAAUCCACCUCGGGGGUGGGAGGGCUCGACGCUGACGUGGAACGGCUCGUGUCUGAGCUGGCGGCGCGUCAGCAGCUGUCAGCGCGGGUCGGUGACAGGCUGGCGCGGCUGCAGGAGGGGAUUCAGGAGCUGGUGUGGCAACUGGAGAGCGGGAUAGGGGGGGAUGAGCUGGCAAAAGCGAGGAAGCGGAUUGGUGGGAUUCCAGAGGGGGGAGGGGAGGGGAGAGCAGGGGCAGGGGCAGGGGUGGGGGCCCCUUCUGCUUACCUGGUGAUGGGCAGUGAGGGAGGGGGGAAGGAGGAGGGGGGGGAGGGGAGGAGUUGGCAUUGGUCGUGUGUGGUGCUUGUGGGUAUUCUGGUGAUGUCGUCGCUGCUGGUGGUGCCUGCUGCUGUGCUGCUCCUUAAGUUUGUUAAGUGAGAGCCUGCUCUUGAGCAGCAAAGAUCGAAUCGAAGCGUUUUUUAGCAAGGGAGCUGUAAUGUUGCUCCUCAAACAGCCUUGCUUUGUUCUGUACAGUCCAUUCUUGUGUAUUUUCCAUUGUAACUUCUGAAUCUGUUCUGGGUGUCUUGUAUGUCUCUCGAUGUGAGCUGGUGCAGCUCAGCAGUCCCUGCACCAGUGUGUGCCAGUCAGCAUUUUUUUUGUCGUGGAAACCAAGCAAUGGUGUACUGGGUCUGGUCUGGUUUGGACCUCGCCUCGAGGUUUGUAGCGACACAGAGGGGUCACCCAUUCUCUACAAUAGCAGAGCACUUGUUAGUGAGGAGGAUGGUAUUGUUAAAUUAUAUAUUUGAUAUAUAAUUGGUAGGCUUGGUAGGUGUUACUGAAACCUAC